AUGCCCGCCCCAUUCUCAACACCGCAUACCCCCGUGGCGUAUCCAGCACUCUAUCUCUACCCACUGAAUGACUCAUUUAUUCCAAAACACAUCUCUCUCCUCAACAACCAGCGCGUGAAGAUUGGAAGACAAACGAACGCAAAGACCGUGCCCGCCGAGCGAAAUGGCUACUUCGACUCCAAGGUUCUCAGCAGACAGCAUGCAGAGGUAUGGGAGGAGUCAGGAAAGAUCUUUAUCAAGGACGUGAAAAGCUCCAACGGGACGUUCAUCAACGGCGAACGGCUCAGCCCAGAGGGCCUCGAGUCGGAGCCAUUUGAACUGAAGACGGACGACAUUGUGGAAUUUGGAAUCGACAUCGUCGGGGAAGAUAACAAGACAAUCAUACACCAUAAGGUUGCCGCGCGGGUGGUGUGCGUAUUCUCGGAGCAGGACGCGCAAGCGGCAGCGCGGGCGGAAGCCCAACAGAACCCUCCAGCGUACGGGAGCCUCGCGAACCAGGGCCCGUCUGGAUCGGCGGCAGGCGCAUUCAACUUCGCGGGCGGGCAGCAGGCGGGUGCAGCAGGCCUAGGGAACGGUGUGCCUGGAGCACAGCGGAGGCCGGGGAUGCAGCCGCAGGGAUUGGUCGGGAUGGGCGGGAUGGGAGGGAACGUGCGAGUGCCGGGGAAGAGCGGGCUGACGUUUGACCAUAUUCUGAGCAGGCUUCAGGGCGAGCUGCAGAAGAGCCGGGACACCGGCUCGGAGCUGCACUCACUUACGGGGUCGAUGAAUGAGAUACACGACACGCUCGGUGGAAACAUGCCGCCAAACGUGCCGCCGUAUCCCCAGUCGCUGCCUGCGGUUAUGCCUGCGCAAGCGGUCGAGCACCAUCAGCAGCAGGAGCAGCACCAGCAGCAACCGGCGCCUUUUGAUCCUACUUUCACCUUGAGUGAACUGCAGACACAGCUGCGCGAGACGCAGAUGUCGCUUGCAAGCCACGUCGACAAGAUCCGCGCGCUGGAAGGCGUGCUCGCCGAGCACGACGCGAUCAAGCGCGAGGUGGGCUCAAUGCGCGAUAUGAUGGAGGAGCGCAUGCGCGAGAUAGAGUUGCUCCGUAGGCAGAGCGGCAGUCCUAUUCACCAGCGGCAGCGUCAGGACGAAAGGGAUCACGACGGAGAUUUACUCGGAGACGACGAUGACGCGCGUAGCAUCGCGACGGUUGUCCCGCAUGAACUGGAACGGGUUGAUGAAGAGGAUGAGGAGCAGUUAGCCGCUGAGCAAGAGGAAGAAGACCGAAGGCGGAGAAGGGAAGAGUUGGGGCGCCCAAGAACGCCCGAGCCGACCGGGAUGGGCAUGGGUGACGAUGAUGAGGACCAUGAUUCGCAUCCCAACCAUCUUCAGGGUGGCAACUCAGACCUGUCUCACCUUCGUGCUCGUCCGCACUCGCCAUUGUCUCCGCCCGUCCCCCAUGUUACCGCUUCUUCCUCAGAGGAUGUCACUGAACGCCUCGACACACUGUCGAAGCAGCUCGAGUCUGCGCUCGAACUGUCUCGCUCAUUGGAGGCGCAGCAUACAAAUGCUCAGUCGACGAUCCUAAAUCUUGAAACAAAGGUGUCUGCGCUCGAGACAUUGGUGCUUGCUACCCGCGUACAGGUGGAUGUACAGGAAGAGAAGACACAGCAGUUGGCGGAAGCUGCUGAGGCUACCGCACUAGAACGUCCUACAACUUUGGCGCAAUCAAGAGAGGAGGAGCGUGCCCGUGAACGGGAGUCUCUGACGGAGAUGAUCACGGAGUGGAAGAAGAGUGUGGAGGGUCGGUGGAGCGGUGUACAAGAGGAGUGGAACGAUGAACGUGAACGGCUACGACGUGCCAAGGAAGAAUGGGAGCUGCGUGUGCGCUCUGUCGAGGAGGGCCUUGGUAGUGCGGUUACCAAGAUGGAGUCGGGGCUCACAUCACUCGCAUCCUUUCAGGCGCACUACCAGCUUCUCCAGCGGCACCCUCUUACGAAUGGCAAUGCGAAGAUAAAUGGCAGCGGUGGUCUAGUCACUCCCCCAAGUCCAAGAAGUCUAUCAGCGGAGUCAACUCGUCCUCGGGCAAGAAAAAAGCGGGUGAGCAAAUCGCGAGGCAGGACACGGUCACGAUCUGCAUCGCUUGGCACCGGUGAGGUGCCCUAUGACGGUUCCUCUGCAUCUUCGGUGGUCAGUGAUCUGAACGGCCAGGAGCUGCCUCCUUAUUCGAAUUCUCACCCUCGACGUCGGUCACCGUGGGCGACAGACGAAUCGAGUGCCAGUGACUCCGAGACACGUUCGUCCGUUAUCCUCGAGAAUGGAAGGGCUGCGUCAUCAACGAGAAACGAGAAGGAUGUGCCUUUCCCAUCGCCAGAAUCGUCCGUCGUGCAUCAGCCGCUGUCAAAAUCAGACGCGGUCUCAGGCGUUGCAACAGAUGCACGUACGAGAGAGCCGCCGAAGGACAUCCCUCAAUUUACGCACCUAUCGAUGGCUGUUGGUAUCUUGGUGCUCAGUGCAGCAACUGCAGCGGUGUUAUGGCGAGUUAAACCCGAGACUUCAAUAUAG